AUGAGUGACAUGUUAGCUAACUUUGCGGUGAAUGUGGCGAGCGAUUAUUACAACCUCGAGAAAAAAAUGCAAAAUCUUAAGAGGAAGCUUGAACUCCUCAACUGUCAGGAAGCUGAUAUGGUUGCAAGGCUAAGAGAGGAAGAAUGUCAUCCAGGAAAGAGGCGAAAAAGUGUGGUCAAAUAUUGGUUGAGCGAUGUAGCAUCAAAGCAAAAAGAAUUCGAAAGCUUGGAAACAUCAGUGAACCAAAACAGUCGUAUUUCGCGUGUGACCUUAGCGAAAUGUGCUGAUAAAAUGAUUGAGGAAGUGACAGGACUUCUUGAUGAAGGCAUAUUUUCUGGGGGGGUUGUACAAGAUGUUAGCGAGACAAUAGAGGAGAAAUUUGUAACUGUCGAAUGGAAAGGCCAGGCAUUUAAAGAGAAUUUGGAGACAGUUUGGACGUGUUUAUUGGGGAACGAGGUCUCAAGUAUUGGCGUCUAUGGCAUGGGAGGAGUUGGCAAAACAACUUUGGUACAAUGCAUCUAUAACGAGCUCAAGAAUGAAACUAUGUUCUCCGGUAACAUAUUCUGGUUCACUGUCUCACAAGAUUUAAACAUUCACAAGUUGCAGAAUGACAUUGGAAAAGCCUUGAAUCUAGAUCUUUCUGGCGAAGAUGAUGAGCACAAGAGGGCAGCCAAAUUGGGUCGGGCACUGGAGAGAAAGAAGAGAUUUGUACUCAUGUUGGAUGAUGUCUGGACCCCUUUUUCUUUACAGAAGAUUGGAAUUUCUCCUUCUCUUUCUACCUAUGGAUUCAAAAUGAUAGUAAUUAGUCGAUCAAGAGAAGUGUGUCAACAAAUGGAAUGUCAAAAGCAUCUGAAAGUAGAAGCUCUUUCUGAGGAAGAAGCUUGGAAGCUAUUUAUGAACAAACUUAGUUAUGGCAUACGACUUCCACCCAAAGUGGAAGAGAUAGCAAAAAAAGUGGCAAAAAAGUGUGCUCGUUUGCCACUUGCAAUUGUCACGAUGGCCGGAAGCUUGAGGGGGGUGAUUGACAUCCAUGAGUGGAGGGAUGCCCUGGAAGAACUGAAAGAAUCUUGUAUGGGACGAGAUGUCAUGGAAAAUGAGGUGUUUCCUAUACUCUUGUGUAGCUUUAAUCGAUUGAGGGAUCCAGUACUAAAGCGUUGUUUCUUGUAUUGCUCCUUGUAUCCCGAAGACCACAGUAUUCAAAGACACAAAUUGAUAACAAAUUUCAUUUCAGAGGAGCUGAUGGAAAGAAGAACAAGCAGGCAAGCAUACUUUGACCAAGGUCACAAAAUAUUGAAUAAAUUGGAGAACGUUUGCUUAUUGGAAAGAUGUGAAGAAUCUCACUAUGAAGAUGGAGGUGUGAAGAUGCAUGAUCUAAUAAGAGACAUGGCUUUAAAGAUCACUAAAGAUAACUGCAUGGUAAAAGCUGGACUUCAGUUAAAGGAAAUACCAGAGGAGCAGGAAUGGAAGGAAGAUUUGGAUAAGGUUUCCUUAAUGAGGAACAAUAUAGAAGGAUUUUUGAGUGUCACAUCACCCAGGUGUCCUAAACUUUCUACCUUGCUUUUAAGCUCCAAUCCUUUGAAGUCGAUUCCAGAUUCAAUCUUUUUGCAAAUGCGUGGCCUGCAUGUUCUCGAUUUGAGUUACACUCUGAUUGAGUACUUGCCCAGUUCCAUAUCAGACUUGGAGGAACUUAAUGCGUUAUUGCUUGGAUGUUGUUGGAAACUCAUGUUUGUACCGCCAUUGGGAAACCUCAAGGCACUGAAGGAGCUGGACCUCAGUUACACUGACAUUAAGGAAAUACCCCAAGGCGUGGGAAGUUUAACCAAUCUGAAAUGCUUGGACACAGUUGGCUCACAUAUAGAAACAAUUCCAACAGGGAUUUUACUAGGACUGUCACUUCUUCAGCAUCUCACACUCCCUACAUGGAUGACAAUACCAAUCGAAGAAGUUGCAGGAUUGAAACAACUAGAAGAAUUUCAAGGCAAAUUUCGCAGCAUGCAUGAUUUCAACAUAUUUAUGAAGUCUCGACCAAGUGAUGGGCUGCUCAGUUUCUAUGAUAUUCAAAUAGGUGACAGAUGUUCUUAUAGUUAUCGCAACCCUGAACGAUUAGCAUUUAAAUUGGUAAGUUUUGGAAAAGACAGUCUUAAGAAAGGUGAGAGAGGAAAAGAUGAGAUUAUGCUGCCACGAGAUAUUGAGUACUUACGGUUUGAUCAGUGUGGUCUGAGUAGCUGCUUAUUUGAUGAUUUCCAACAAUUAAAUAAUGCUACAGAAUUGAAACACUGCUAUAUUGAAAAAGAGGAUGGAAUUGAGUGCAUUUUGAAAUUGUCGCUUGAGAAAGAACUGAUGGCAGAAGUAGAACAACAGUUUUACUUGAUACCACUCCAUUACCUUGAAAGUCUGCAUCUUCAGGACUUGCAGAAUUUUUUUGCUCUCAUCAAGUGGGAAGUAGCACCAGCAGUUGCACCUUCUCCACAUGGCCCUUUUUCUCACCUUCAAAGGUUGGAGGUUGUGAAUUGUUCAAAAAUCAAGAAGCUUCUCCCUCGAAGUUUGGUACAGAACCUUCAUAACCUCAACGUGUUGAAAGUUGAUUCAUGUAAAGAAAUGGAGGAGAUAAUAGGAGACGAUGAAAUUGGUGGAGGCUUGGGGGCAGAAAGUAAUACCAUCGUCACCCUGCCAAGGUUAAAGAUUUUGUACCUCAUCCGUCUCCCAAAAUUGGAAAGCAUCUGCAAGGGGUCAAUAAUUUGUGAUUCCAUUGAGGAAAUUGAUAUAGAGUAUAUUACAAAAGUAAGGAAGGUGCCUUUGUUUCUGCCGCCUCUCAAUGGGAAACCAUCUCUGCCUCCAUCUUUCAAAAAUAUAGUACUAUGGAAAGAAGAGAAAGGAUGGUGGGAAUCACUGGAGUGGGACCAGCCCAAUGCCAACAGUGUCCUUCAACCAUUCGUUCAUUAUAUUUGA